AUGUUCGAUGCUUAUACAAGACUUCGUGAUACGGCUCAGAAAUAUCACUUAGAAAAUGAACUGGAUGUACCACAAAUUGUUUUUGUUGGUGAAACAUCAACGGGUAAAUCAAUGUUGAUACAAUACUUUUUACGAUUUCCAUGUUCAUUUUCACAAGCUGAUGUAGCAACACGUUGUCCAGUUACAUAUCGUUUGCGCUACAAUCCAAAUUUAGCUGAUGGUGAAAUUCACUUUAUACAGCCAGCUGGGCUAGAAGCACCCGAGUUAGCAGAACACUUAAAAAUGAAAAUGGAUGAAUUCAAAGAAAUGUACAGUCAGACAGGUGGUUUCCGUCUGGAACCAUAUGUGAUUGAAAUUGAAAGUAAAGAAUACACAGAUUUUGAAGUCUUAGAUGUUCCGGGUCUUGUUGGCGGUGCUAUUAAUACACAACAUCGUGAAGCUGUCGAACGAAUUACGGAACAUUAUGUGCGCAAUCCGAAAUUUAUGAUAGUUCAAGUGAAAACAGCUGAACAACUGAAAUUAAAUGCACAUGGUAUACGAACAAUUCAAGAACUGUGUACAAGAGACCCAGCUCCGUGUGGUUCAAAGCUACCACCGAGAUACGACUAUCUUGAUCAUACAAUCACAAUACACACGAAAUUUGAUGGUUUUAUGCAACAACAUACAAAUGGAACAUUGGCAAACAAAGAAAUACAAAAUCGGCUGAAUGCUUAUAAACAAACAUAUUUUGUUAAUAUGAUAUUUGGUGGUUAUACAUUUGAUAGUCAUUUAUAUGAAGAAAAUAUUGAUUACAUUGCCAAACUGCCCAAACUAGAAAAACAUGAAGUUGAUACAUGGAUUAACAAUCUCAACAACUUAGCUCGACAAUCAAAUUCCAAAUAUCUAUUAUUUAAUCAAGCCUAUCGUCCAUUGAUCGGUAUCGACGUGGUACGAAAACAAAUACAAGAACUGUGGCUUAGAGCAUUUCGCGCUGCACUUCCUCGACCUCAAAAAGUGUUGGAUGGUUUAAUUCAAACAGCAACCAAAACAUACAAUGCAGCAUUAAUAAAUUUAGAACAACAAAAUCCAAAACUUGUUCGACAAAACUAUGCUAAAUAUAUAAAAGAAUUUCGUAGUACAAUUAGUUCAUAUGCCGCAUAUCAGGCUGAAAUAGUACCAUUGUUUCCACAUAAACGUUAUGCUCGAACAUACAAACAAAUGGAGCAGGCGUAUAAUGUGUGGCCACGAAAACAACCACUGACAUGGCGAGCAUACUUAACAGCUGAUGAACUUGAACAAAAAUCACCAACGGAACGUUUACCUACAUUGAAUGAAGGUUAUAUUGGUAAUGUACAUUUUCAACGUCUUCGAGAAAUCUUUGAAUAUAUGAUCUUAUCAUAUGUGCCAGAAGAGUUACCACGUGGUUGUAUUGCGUCAUUUGAAACGCUGUUAUAUGGUGGUGUGAGUGAUCAUCAACAUACAGAAAAAGCUGUUCGAGAAAUGCUCUAUAUCUGGAUACGUGAAACGUUUGUUAGCGGUAUUUGUUGGUUGACACAAAUGCAUUCAUUUCUAGCAGAUUAUUUUGCUAAAGAUGUACGAGAAAAAUUAUUAAAACAAGAACACUUCAUAUAUUUAAAUAGUCAUAUUAAAUUUUUGGGUGCUGUUGAUUUGGAAUAUCAUAAAACAACGAGAAAUUUAAUUCGACAAGCUGUUCUGUCAACAAAAAGUUGUCGUUAUGCUAAAUCUGUUUAUGUUGUACAUGAUAUUUGUGAUGGCCUAAGGAAAUUAGCAGCUAGCAUACCCGCAAAACUUGAUCACGGAUCAUUUGAACAGAAAAUAACGAGUAUAACAAUUGGUGGCAGUAAAAAUAGUGAUAAUAGCGGAAUUACAGUAUUCGAUAUAUUUAAAAAUAUUCCAGCACCGAACAUUUUAAGUACAAUUUACGGUGCCAAAAAAUUUCUUGAAAGUUAUCGUGAUCAACGAACAGCUGAACAUCAUCAAAACGCUCGCGAUGCCCUAGUGGAAAUUUAUACGGCGAUACGUGGUUUAUUAAUGCGUGAUAUAAAUAUGAAUUUUUAUGCAUAUGUAGCAAAAGAAAUUGUUGGUUAUGAAUCAACAAUUAUCGAUGGUCCAUUAGAACAUCGAAUAUGUGCAAUGUCUGAUAAAGAAAUUACUGAAAUGGCUAAUAUUAAAAUUGAUGACAUACAUCGACAAUUACAAGAAACAGCUAAAAAGUUACGAGAUUUAUAUGAAGCUAAAAAUUCAGUUGAUUUUGUUGCAUAUAAAAUCAGUGAUAACCGUAGUGAGAGUUUUCAACGAAAUAUGGCUGAACGACGUAUAAGGUACGAAACACAAGAGAAAAUACGAACAAGACGGCAACGUACUAUUGAACGACAGUUAGAAAAAUCAAAACGACAACAACAGCAAAGACAGCCCGUUUCAGGUAUAGCCACUAGCACUCAGGUCUUGAACUUCGACGGUCAUCAGUCCGACAAAGAAACAACUAGUAGCAGUGAUAGUGAAUUUGACUCAGACGAGGGCAGAUUAUCAAAAGGUUUGUAUAAAGAUGAACGAGAAUUAAUGUCAUUCAAUAACAAAAUAUCGGUCGAUACAUAUCUUUUGGAAUUAUAUCAAACACAUGAUAAAGAAGAUUUGGAAUGUGGUUUUCUGAAGUGGGAUAACAUCUUUUAUGUUGAAAAAGAUGUUGAUGCGGACGAGAACAAACCGUUAUGUGAAGCCGGAGAAAACCCAGAUUCAUCACAGCAGACAUUUUAUCCUCAGAAUCGAAUAACGACUAUAGAAGAACCGCACAAUGACAUCAAUGCACAUCGCCAACAACCACCAUCAAUACCUGAUUUACCGCAAGAAGGAGAAGAAUAUAGUUGUGAAAACUCUACUGAAUAUGAACAAAAUAUUUCAACAAUAACUAAAGAUCAAGAAAAUCAAAGCGAUUUAGAUGAACAGGAAACGGUGCAAUCAGCAACAGCCCCUCCCACAGUUCAAACUGAACAUACUUACCUGCAACCAACAUCAGCACUGGUCUAUCAGCCCUCUCAAAUACGAACAGGUGUGACAGUAAAAAGACAUCGAUUCUUCAAUAAUUCUUCUAACAAGAGUUUUGUUCUACCUGUAGCUGAUUCAGCCGCUGCACGCCCACCUACAGUACCAGUACGAAUUCCAUCUGCUGCCACAAAUACUAAUGAUCAACGUCUAAGUACGAUUACAACAUUAGGUAUUAGAUCAGCGGAGCCUACCACCGAAAAAGCGGCCGGUGAUGAAGCCUACCACCGAAAAGCGGCCGUGAACACCUCCGUAUAG